UAGCAUUGCAGCUAAGUGGCGGCGGGCAGCGAGCGGGCUCGGCGACGUCGCUCGGUGAAAGGCGAUGCGCUUGACCGUCGGCGGCAGCGUCGGCCGCCGGAGAGGACGCAAGGGCGCCGUGCGUCUUGCCGAAAUUAUUCGGGGCUCGCUGCACAAUCGAUUUUUCCCGCCCGAUGCGGAAAAUUCUUCGGGGCGGGGCGGGUGUAGUGCGACGGGAGGAGGGGGCCGAGCGAGGGGGGCAUAGCGCCAGGGGGGCAGGCGGAGUGCAGCGGGGCGGUGCAACGCGCGCCGCCGUCCCGGCCGACGGGCAGACAGUAGGACGGCGACGCCACUGAGAGUCGGUGACCACGGCGCGAGGAGCGCGCUCGCCGCACAGUGACAUGUAGCGCGGCCGCCGCGCCGCAGCCCCGCGACCACUCCGCCGGUGGCGGCGCGCCGAUGCGCCUGCCGCCCGGCUUCACGCCGACGCCGACGCCCGCGCCGCGACACCUUCCCGCGAUCCGCAACUAAUCCUCAUCAGUGUCACUUUCACUGUUACACCUGAAGCGAGCCCUUCAGCCCGUCUGUAUUGACGACAGUCGUCGGAUGGAACCCGGAGUGCGCCGAUUCGCAUCAAGGUUAGACGAAUAUUUGAAUGUGAGUGUUAGUGCGCCGCCCGCCGACGAUCCAGCGCGCCCUAGCGCACCCCUGUACUUCAGCUGUACGCGCACACUACAGUAACACAUAGCGGCGGGAGCUAGCUCAGACAUGGGAAGUGAGCACUAUUGCCUAAGGUGGAACAAUCAUCAGAGCAACCUGCUGGGAGUAUUCAGCCAGUUGCUGCACGACGAGAGCCUGGUCGACGUCACGCUUGCCUGCUCCGAGGGUGCAUCCAUUAGGGCUCAUAAGGUAGUGCUGUCUGCGUGUUCAUCGUACUUCCGAUCUCUGUUUGUUGAUCAUCCGUCGCGUCAUCCCAUCGUGAUCCUCAAGGACGUGGGGUUGGAGGAGCUGAGGACCCUCGUCGACUUCAUGUACAAGGGCGAGGUCAACGUCCAGUACUGUCAACUGCCUGCUCUCCUUAAAACUGCCGAGAGCCUUCAGGUGAAAGGUCUUGCUGAGAUGACUACCCUAAGCGCAGCCGGCAUUGAAACAAGAAAAGUUCAAGAACCAAUGGAAGAGUGCCAACCACAAGAAACGAGGGAAAGUUCAGAAUCACACGAGAAGGCAGACGGCAGAGAUCAUAGGGAAAAAGAAGAACGACGGGAACUGAAAGACUCACGGGAAGUCCGUGAGAGAGAAAACAAAGAAACCCGUGACGUCAGAGAAACUCACGCCAGAGAAAGUCACUCAAGAGAUUCUCGAGAGUCGAGAGAAUCAAGAGAACACAGAGAUAGAGAACAAAGAGAACCUCGUGAUCUAAGGGAAUCGCGAGAUAUUAGAGAAACAAGAGACCCUCGUGACUUGAGGGAUCCCCGCGAACUGCGGGAACACAGAGAAUCCAGAGAAUCUAGAGACAUUUCACGAGAUUUGAGGGAGGUUCGGGAUCCAAGGGACUUACGGGAAUCUCGAGAAACCCGUGAUCAUAGAGAAAUGCCUGAGGCGUCGCCUCCGAGGAUAUCGCCGUUACUGUCAGUGCGGCGAUUUAGGUCAGACAUCACGGGCGAGACCCCAACCUUGUCACACCCUCCUAUCCCAAAAGAUGAACCUCCUGAUGAGCCCAUGCGAUCGUCUUCACCAGAAGAUGACACGGUGUCGAUUAGAUCAAAUGGAGCACAAAAUGAAAAUAUCGGACUAAACAUGACUAUAAACAGUCAUAGCAGUAGCAGUGUGCUGGGCGCCCACUAUUCGCCAGUGGAGCAGCGGUUAAGUGUUCUGAACACUAUAUCUCAUCCUGGAUUGACACACCCUUCACAUGCAUCAUUGCCAAGCCCCAGGAGUGAACCUAUAGCAGGGCCCUCAGGAUUGCCUCCUGUGCAACAAGUACCCUUGUCAUUAAAGAAAGAAAUUGACUGGGAUAGGAGCAAUGAGGAUAAAGUUGGUGGCGAAACAUCAUCAGAGUACCGAAUGCAGCAUGAAUCUAUGUGCCUGGACAUGUCGUGCGUGUCCCCCAGUAUACCGAGCCCGAUCCCGGCGCGCAGCCCGACAGCGCUGCCGCUGUGGUCGCCCCUGCUGGCCCUGCAGGCGUGUCGGCUGCGGCGCUACCUCAGUGACGACUGCAUGAUGUACCACAACCGGCACCUUCUGCACUCAGAGCGGCGCCGCUGCGGCGUGUGCCUGGCCUCGUUCCCCUCAGCCUGGCUGCUCGAGCGACACGCAGCCCUUCAGCACGCCUCCCAAGCGCCCUGCGACGACAAACCCUUCGUCUGCGAGCAGUGUGGCCAGAGCUACAGGUACCGUUCUGCCUAUGUCAAACACCGCGAACAAAACCAUCGGGCUCGGCUCCCUGCCGACAAACUGUUCACUUGCGAUGUUUGCGGCAUGCAGUUCCGCUAUCUAAAAUCCUUUAAGAAGCACCGACUUAACCAUACCUUGGAGAGACUGCACACGAAAAACACUGAUGCACCAGAAGGCGCCGAUCAAGUCUCCAGCACUAAUGAGGCUCUGAUUGGCCAGUGCGGUGAAAUGGAUCUCUCCAUGAAGAAAAAGAAUAGAAGUGAUGCUACUAAAUCACCUGCCAAUGAUGUAGUCCGGGAUGCUGAACAAGACAGCACCGUUGACUCAAACGGCCCGACAGAUUCUGUGGUGACUGUGGAUGAUUCAACAGAAUGCCGCACGUCAGGCGCUGAAAGCGAAAGCAAACGAGACGAUGACACUGCAUCAGAAGAGAAAAGGCGAAUUCCUGUGUCUUUUGCCAGCAUAAGCUCGAUGGCAGAUAGUUCUGAGAACGAGUCUCGAGCUGACAGUAGCAAACACGAGAGCUCAAGCUCCCACUCAGGGAUCCUGAGUUUCAUGCAAACUGAUGACCGACAGAGAGAUAGGGAGAGGAGGUUCGCUUGCCCAUUCUGCGGGAAAUGCGUGAGGUCUAAAGAGAACCUAAAGCUGCACGUGAGGAAGCACACGGGCGAGCGUCCGUUCGUGUGCCUGUUCUGCGGGCGCGCGUUCGGUGGUAAGAGCGACCUGACGCGGCACCUGCGCAUCCACACGGGCGAGCGGCCCUACCACUGCGAGGCGUGCGGCAAGUGCUUCGCGCGCGCCGACUACCUCUCCAAGCACCUUACCACACACGUACACAACACACGCUGAUCUACGAACGCGCCGUCCUUUUCUCGAUCUUCGCAUACCUCUGGCACAAUAUAACUCAACUCCAUACGGUUUGCCAUCAACUACAGAGUGAUCGUGCCGGGUUUGCGGGAUGAAAUGGUCGGGGCUGAUGUCUCAUCCUGACUUGCUCGGAUCACAUUUAGGCUGGCGCGUUCUGGUUUCGUACGAAGUUGCGACUAUUUGAUAUUGAGAAUUAUUUUAAUUUAUUAUUAUUGGCGUCGUGCGCUGCCCCUGCGCAUAUUCCAGGGGCCGGCACUAGCCCGCGCGAUUGACUGCUGUAUGGAGUCGGUGGUUAUAUUGUGCCCCUAUAGUUAAUGACCGAGUCAUAUUAUAACAGUAAAUGGGAAUAUUUUUUAAAAACGUUUUUAAACUUUACAACAUUAUUGAUAAGCAGGUUUAAUUAGAAUUUUACAGGACUAUUUUUCGUUUUGGAGUGGUUUAUGUAUAUUUAUGACAUAAUUUUCAAAAUAACUCUGAGAAUAAAUAGUGAAUGGUAACUAUUUGCGUUUACCGCGAAGCAAUAAUAAUUGUAACGGCUUAUUAGUUUAUGCUGCAAAUAUAUUUUGUGUUAAACACAUGGCUUGGACAAACUGCUUGCUACUUGAUUGGUCAGUUCAGGGCAAUAUUAGUUGUUUAUAGUUUUGUGCACAUUGAAUCAAUAACGUAAGAGAUUUGCAUUAUAAAUGCGUCCGUUUGCUUGUCUCUCAUCGAGUCGUCCCAUGGUUGGCAUUCGUUUUGUGUAACUUAGUUAUGCGAUGCAGCGCAUUUGUUUUAAGAUGAGGGACCAGGCAGUUCCCGCUUGCAUGGAUACACAAGCAUUUGAACACCCCUAUGUUUGUUAAGCUACCGACAGUGUCAGUCCCCACCAACCAGUUGUCACUCACUCGGAACAAGGGCAUGCAACAACUUGACACAUUAUCUCUCCUUUGAAUAGGCUUAAAUAUAGUUUCUUUUGCCAUAUUUUUGUAUGCCUACGUAUGAUAAGAUUUUAAACUCAUUCCAUUAAAGAGGAACUAGAAAAUUGGUAGUCGUGACGAUAGGUUAUUAGGAGAAUGCAAAAACUGUGAUUCGUACGAUUAAGACCAGUCAAACAAGUUUUAGAACAUCGAAAAAUGUUUUAUGUAAUUUAAAAAUAACGUUAUCUAACAAUUAAUAUACCUACGUAUUAAUUAAAUAUAGUUUUAAGAAAUCUCUCUGUGCCAAAAUAUGUACCUCAUAAAAAUAAACACUGAAGUAGAUAAAUUAAUUGUCAAUAAUUGUUUGUACACAUUUUGUUUUAGAUUUGAUGUUACAGUACAGAAUACCACUGCGAUAGUCGAUUACAUGAUAUAUAGUAAUAAGGUUCAAUUUGCAUUGGCAUAGAAUGAAAUGGACGCUUAUGCAUAAGAAAUUGUACAAGGUAUAUUGAGCUUUGUAGCAACUGUUUAACACAAUAUUCCACCGAUUGUGCGCGAGAUUAGUGAGAGCUCUCUUAAAUAUCUUUGGCUCAAACCUCUUUAUGACCUUAUUGUAUUGACAUAAGGCUCAUUAUCCUAUGUACACUUUCGUUGAAGUUAAACUUUCAUUCUGUAUUGCAGCAGUGUAAAUUGAAUCUAAUAGACAAACUGAUUGCUCAGUCAGCUGCAGAACUCUAAGAGCCUAAAGGUUAGAUUAUAAUGUCUAUGGAUUUUAUACAGUUGAUAAUAUUCGCCCGCAGCCAAGAAACGUCCUUACUUAAAGAAAAAGAAUUACAAUAUAUUUAUAUCGAUAUUUUAUGACUUCUAAGAGUUGAUUAAUAAUUAUUCACAGGAAUAUUUAUACAAGAAAAUUAUUUUACGUGUAAAGUAAUUUUAUCUAUAUUUUAAUAAUUGAUUCAUACACAUUCAAUAUGAAUUUUAACUGCCUGCAUUGUGAUAUUUUCUACACAGUACAUCCAUGAGUUUUAAAGAGUUUCCUCCUUCAUAUAUUGAAAUAAGUAUCUAUAAUAUUUUAAAUACAGUGCUCCAAAAGGGGUUUGUUUUUUAAGUAAAACUGAAUGUCAAAUUGAAUAUCGAUAAACCACAAUCGAUUAAAUAAACAUCGAUAUUAUUAACACACUACACAUUGAGCG